GCUCAAGAGCGAGUGCCUUCGACCGCCUUCUAUCCAAACUGUAGUACAAUAUGUCCCAUCUAUAACUGUAUGCAAGCCGUAAUUCCAAUCGUUCCCUUGAGUCGGGCAUCAUCAGCAUCGUUAAGUCGAACAAAUAUUGUUUUGUUAAUAAUUCGGCGCAGCUAUUUUUCAAUGAAGCAAUUUUUCCAGAUGUUUAUUUGAUUCAAGUGUUUUAACAAAUUUUAGCUGAUGUUAUAGUCUCAAGCAUUUUGUUAAUCGUUUAAGGAGAUUGCAUUAAGUAUAUGUGACUUCAGUGCUGACCCUGAAUGCAAUCAUCAGUGAUGAUUUGUCAUAAUAGCGUAUUCGACAUACAUUGCUACCUCUAGGGAGCAUUUAAUACUUCGUAUAAUAUGGUCAAUAAUCAAUCUUGCCUCAAAUUUUUUGCGUAUCGACAAGAUUUCAAUUUCGAUAUGUGAACACGUAUCUUUUCCCAAAAUUCUUUCAGGCUACGUACCGAUGACUAAACAUCGGUUCUUAAUACUGCUAAUUUUAUCAGUACUACUCUUCAGUGAUUGCCUCACUGUCUUCUUCAGAAUUUGUCAGAAAGCAGUGUCAUCUUAAUUAUAGAUCCAAAGUUUCUGUUAUAGCGAAAUGACUGACGUGCGGAAUCAGCGUAUUUUCGGUUCUUCUCGGAAUAUGCGUACUAUCCUGCAUACUAUCGCAAAUGUGACGUAGAUUCUGUAAAUAACAAUGCGAUGUCUCAAGACAGAUAUCGCCGAUAUGUAACAGCAGAAAAGAAUUCUAAAGUCUUAGCUAUAUGGUGUAUAUAUCGUGUAUAAUAAUUAAUAUUUCUAUCAUUAUGAAAUGUCGCUUUAUUCGUAAUUUAGUUUUUUUAAUUUGAUCUCGACAACAAUUAAUGUUCUUCCAUGGAACCGUAGUUUUCGAUGCGCUUUUUUGAUAUUUCGCACAAUGAAAGGAUUUUUUCUCGGUUCUUAUUACAUGCAACCGGUGUUGUGCAGUUCUGUACCUUAGGACUGAUACUGCGGAGUAGCAACAAUAAUAAAUGUGUGUCUAUGUAAUCAAAAUACCCUGCUGUACGCCAUUGCAUGUUGUCGGUUUUCUAAGGAAUAUAGCUAAUGCUCGUAUUGCCUUUACAAGAUGCGUUAAUACUCUUUGUUUGUGUGUAGCUUUUGUUAGCAGUCGAUGUUACAGCAGUCAACGGGUCAAGGUAAGGUAAAGAACAGCUCUACCAGUGGUGUGCCUUUGUGUGCCUUGUCUUGCCGACCGGCCGCCCGGCCACCCGUCAGUAGGUAUCUGUUUGGUAAACCUUCUAGUGUGCAGGUCUAUGCGUGUCCAGUGUGUAUGGUGUCAGUGUUGACAGCGGUUGCGUUCCGUGUUAAUUGGAGAAAAAGCAGGCUUGAAUAUGUUUCACUGAAGAUCCUAUUAACGUGUUUCAGACCCGCGGUGUUGUUAGGAUCGCAUGUGUAUUAUCCACUAAAUUAAUUGCAGUUGACAGUCAAAAUUUAUGAGAACAACCAUUUGCUGGAAUACCGCGAUCCCGUCGUAGUCCGUCUGUGAUGUCGGAAACCGGAGCAAUUGGUGUGGGGUUAGCUGAUACUGACGAUAUUCCACUAGCGGAUGAAGAUGGAGAGGAGGUUAAAUCAGAACCAGUACCAAAUCGGAAUGGGCAGCCGCAAGAGGUUGGUGAUCACCGCGAUGCUGGAGCUAUGGAGGAACAACUAUUCUUUGAGGAGGAAAAUCAUGAUGGCUCAGCAUUUUCGUCAUUAGACCACUCUCUGCACACAGAUGAAAUAGAAGAAAAAUCUCGAUUGAUUUCGCAAGUCCUGGAAUUGCAAAACACGCUUGAUGAUCUCUCGCAACGGGUCGAUAGCGUGAAGGAGGAAAAUCUAAAGCUAAAAUCGGAAAACGGCGUAUUAGGUCAAUAUAUCGAGAACCUGAUGGCUGCUUCUUCUGUUUUCCAGAGUACACAGCAGCAGCCAUCUCACCAGCACAACCGUCCACCGUGUUCACGCAACAAAUAACACAGUCAGCUGUCUAGAACAACAGAAUUCUAGAAUUAAACCACCUGGCCGGAUUAAAAUGACACACGCUUUUAACAGCUUGAAACAGUAUUAAUGAUUAACACAAGCUUUUUUUAGUUCCUUAUGAUUUACUAAAAAAGGUGCCAGCCCUUAUAGGACCCAAUUUUAAGAAGUGCUAGAAUAAGGUGUUAAGGCCCUAAAGCAAUGGCACUGAAUGUGUCCUUUCGUAUGUGUGGCCAAGCAUCAAGCUUGUGACUACAAUAACAAAGGUAGGUUACGACGAUAGUUACCUCGGAAUAAAAUUAGCUACCAGUGAUCAACUUCUUCCUAUUCAAGUUACGCAAUGAUACUGUCAGCUACAGCUAAAACUGCCUGAUAAAAACCGCUACAUUUACUUAUAUACCCAUAAAUAAAACUGGUUUUUAUAGUACGAACACACAUAUUCCCAACAAAAUGCCACCACCCACGAUUUGUGUAUUUUGAUAGCUUUGUGUUUUGUAUGCAUAUACACUGCAAUAAACAGAGUGUCAGAUAACUAACUCUAGUAAAAAUUGUA